AUGCCUUUCGUACAUGCUUCCGAUCGCGAUCGCGACUUCUUUGUGCCCGACAAGGAGCUUCGGCAUUUCUGCCGGGUUCUGUCAAAUUUAUCCCAGGAGCAGCCUAGUCAUGCCGAAGUGGUCAAAGCGCUGGCAAAUGACAUGAUCCUGCCCUUUCUUGCGGUCUCCUGGCAGCCACUUUCUGUGGUGGCUGCCGGAGGUCAUCACACCUGUGUGGUGACAAGGAACAAGGAGCUCGUGUGCUUCGGGCACAAUGACUUUGGCCAGUGUGAGGUCCCACCGAAUCUUGGCCCGGUAAUCUCGGUUGCUGCGGGCUCCGAACACACCUGUGUUCUCAAGGCCAGUGGGCAAGUGGUGUGCUUUGGAAACAACGAGUUCGGACAGUGCGACGUGCCCUCCACCCUGGGCCCAGUCGUUGCGGUGGCAGCGGGAGGUAUGCACACCUGUGCGCUGCAAAGCAACGGUGCCCUAGUCUGCUUUGGCCAAAGCAGCCUUGGGCAGUGCGACGUGCCCAAUGACCUUGGCCCAGUAGUCUCUAUCGCUGCAGGGGGGGCCCACACCUGUGCCGUCACCGCCACGGGCCAGCUCGUAGCUUUCGGAGACAAUGCUUUCGGCCAGCUCAAUGUGCCACCGAACCUGGGCCAAGUCACGGCCGUGGCUGCCGGAAGCCACCACACCUGUGCCCCUCGGCUUCUUUCCGGCACAUUUUUCCUGCAGGAGUCGAUAGCCGUGACGGCUUCCGCGGGCCUCGUCUCCUUCGGAGGCAACAUCCUUGGGCAGUGCGACUCGCCCCCGGACUUGGGCCCUGUGGUGGCCGUGGCUGCCCGGCUUCUCUACACCUGUGCGGUGCGAGCCACAGGAGAAUUGGUCUGCUUUGGCUGCAUUGACUUCGAGGACAUGCACCAACCGCCCGAUCUUGGGCCGAUAGUGGCCGUGGCUGCCGGGACCUGCCACGUCUGCGCGGUGAAGAAGUCGGGGGAGGUGGUCUGCUUCGGGCACAACGACUGUGGCCAGUGUACCGCUCCCUUUGAGGGGCUCGUGGCCGACUGCGAUCGUUUUGCUAAGGGUUAA